UUAGAUGCAGCCACACCUCAAAAAGAAACCUGGAGACACGCUUAUGAAAGGUAAAUCUGUCUUAUGCAGGGUCUGCUCAGAAUCACAUACAGUAAGGAUGUCCUCGUCAGUCAAGAAGGAUGAUGGCACACAGGACCAAGGAACAAAAUUCCACCAAGACUCCCGCCUGCUUCUCAAUGAUGGGCACAGCAUUCCAGUGAUUGCACUGGGGACAUUCCUCCCUGAUAUAAUGCGCGAGGACUUGAUUGGAGAAAACAGGAUGACCGUCUCUGUUCUGGAGACAUCUGACAUUUUGGACAAGUCUCUCACAGAUAAGGUGAAAGAAGCUGUGAAAACUUCCCUUGAUAUUGGUUACCGACAUGUUGACUGCGCCUACAUCUAUAUGACUGAGAAAUACAUUGGCCAGGCCUUUCAAGAAACAUUUUCAGAGGGCAAUUUAAAAAGAGAAGAUGUCUUCUAUACAACAAAGCUCUGGGUCACAUUCCACCAGCCCCACCUUGUUCGCUCAGCUGUAGAAAGGUCUCUUGCUGCUCUUCAAAUGGAUUAUAUUGAUUUACUUAUUAUCCAUCACCCUAUAUCAUUAAAGCCAGGAGACAACCUCUUCCCAAGUGAUGACAAAAGCAUACCAUUGUUUGACAAUGUUGACCUCCGACAGACCUGGGAGGCGAUGGAGCAAUGUAAAGAUGCCAGAUUAGUCAAAUCCAUCGGAGUGUCCAAUUUUAACCGCCAACAGUUGGAGCUGAUCCUGAAUAAACCAAACCUGAAAUACAAGCCGGUCUGCAAUCAGGUGGAAUGUCACCCAUACUUUAAUCAGCAUGGGAUGCUGGAGUUUUGUAAAUCGAACAAUAUUGUUCUUGUGGCCUAUGGGGUACUAGGAUCACCCACUGGGACUGGAGCUUCUUGGUUGGAUCCAGACUGCCCAAAUCUACUGGAAGAUUCUGCCCUAGUUUCAAUCGGUGAGAAAUACCAAAAGAGCUCAGCACAGGUGUCUAUCCGAUACCUCAUUCAGAGGGGAUGCGUUGCUAUCGUCAAGAGCUUUAACCCUGAGCGUAUGAAGCAGAAUCUCCAGGUCUUUGACUUCCAGCUCAGCGAAGAAGACAUGAAAACCAUUGAUGGCCUAAAUAAAAACCUCCGCUUCUGGAAAUAUAAAGUGUGGGAAAAUCACCCAAAUUACCAUUAUGACCAAGUGGAAUAGAUAUGGAACAGUGUAUAAGAACUGCACAUAACCAGUGCCAGUACUCAACAUGAAAGGACUAUUCCUAAAAGGCAUCUUACUCCAUAAUGACAAAGCAUUGUCAAGGUUACCUUUUCUCUGCAGCAUAAUUUGUUCUAUCAUUUUUGUUCUAUCAUUUUACUUUUUUUUUUUUAUAAAAAGUGCACUGAAUAAAUAUAACAUCAUUA